UCGGCGUCCCGAUUUGGUUAAGUUUUUGUAUGUAAGCUGGUAUCUCAGCAACCACUUGUGGGAAUAGAUUGAAAUUUCACACACUUAUUCACUGUGAUAAACUGACUUACAUUGCACAGGUUCCAUAACUCUUUUUGCUUUUUUACAAAAUUAUGCCCCGUUUUUGACUUAGAAAUUUUUGGUUAAGCUUUUGUAUGUAAGCUGGUAUCUCAGUAACCACUUGUGGAAAUGGAUUGAAACUUCACACACUUAUUUUCUGUGAUAAACUGACUUACAUUGCACAGGUUCCAUAACUCUAUUUUGCUUUUUUACAAAAUUAUGCCCCUUUUUCGACGUAGAAUUUUUUGCUUAAGGUUUUGUAUGUAAGCUGGUAUCUCAGUACUCACUAAUUGGAAUAGAUUGAAACUUCACACACUUGUUCACUGUCAUGAUCUUACAUGUACAAAGCAGGUCCCAUAACUUUAUUUUGCUUUUUUACAAAAUUAUGCCCCUUUUUCAACAUAGACAUUUUUGGUUAAGUUUUUGUAUGUAAGCUGGUAUCUCAGUAUCCACUAAUGGGAAAGGAUUGAAACUUGUCAUGAUAUGACAUGCAGCGCAAAGGGUCAAUAACUCAACUUCGCAUUUUACAAAAUUAUGCCCCUUUUCCAACUUAGGAGUUUUGGGUUAAAUUCUUAUAUGUAAGCUGUAUUUCAGUACCCACUAAUGGGAAUGGAUUGAAAUUUCACACACUUGUCCACUGUCAUGAGCUGAUAAGCACUAUGCAGGUUCCAUAACCCUAUUUUGCUAUUUACUAUAUUAUGCCCCUUUUUCGACAAGGCUGUUGAAUAGUCGAGCGUUGCUGUCCUCCGACAGCUCUUGUUGUAUUUAUACGCAUAUUAAGGCGUUGCCGAAUCAGAUAGCAAUAACACAAAAUUCUGCGAUAACAAUCUCAUAUCUGAACGAAACCUGUGUUUGAGCACUUAUUUUCUUAUAUUAUUCCUAUAUACGGCGAUCAUGGUUUCAACUGAAACAGGAUAAAACAGGAUUCUUUCUGAAUUUUCUGGUGGGAAGGGCAAAGUCAAUUUCAUAUAUAUAUAUGAACGCACACGUUUUAUAUAAAGCCCCUUCAGGGCUUUAUUCAAUGUGUGCGUUAAAAUAAAAGUAUUACUGUAUUACACAUUCUUUAAUACCAAAAAAUAAUAAUUUAAUCCUAUAGCAAAACGUUUUUAUUAUAAUGGGAACAAACAACUUAAGUAUAUUGAACAUAGCGAAACGUAUCUAUUAAUGUUUAACUUUAUGUAUUUCUCAUGUCCCAUCUAGACGACAAUUUGUUUUAAACAAAAAUGGCCAAAGCCUUUCUGCUUACAAUCUCUUUUUCCAUUGAUAGAGAAACUAUAGUAAGUGUAUACCAAAACUAAAUGAUUGUUUAAAUAUACAUGAUAAUAAGCACGUUUCUCAACACGAGAAUAUUAUAUCUGUAAUGACUGAACUUUAAUAAAAUGACAUUCUUUAAGACAUUGAUACAUAUCGCUCUGUAAAACACAUUGUUUUAGAUCAAUAACUGUGAAAUAAAAGUGAAAUAUAUACAAUGAAAAUGUCAAAAUGUUACAAAAGCAAGUAUCUUAUUUCCUUACUAAAUUGCAACGAAGCAAAAUGAUCAGGUAUAUGUCUGCCUAUCAAACAUGUAUCAUCUUGAAAUAUAAAGGGCGCUUUGCAAACUACAUAUUACGUCUUUAACCAAACAGAAGUUUUCUGUUAAAUAUAGUGAAGAAACAUGGAGGAGAAGACGUGUAUGGAAUAUCUAUUUCACAGUGUACAGGGCAAUCACUUAAAUAAUAUAAAUCAAGAUAUACUGUUUAAUGCAUCGAAUGAAUUUCGUAACGUGUGGAAUCUUGUGAAAAAAUUGCGGGAUCUUGCACGUGUUGACGUGCGAAAAAUCACGCGUUUCCUAGACGCUGUUCAGGAGGGUUUAGAAAAGAAGGCCUGGAUUGCAGCUGUUAGACAAUGUUCACAGGCUGAAAAUGAAUACAGGCAAAUACGGCGAUACAUCCGCCCAUCUUUUCUGGAUGAUUUUAAGGUUUCGUUAUUCAUUGAAAACGUUGCUCCAAGCGGAAAAUUUAAAUCUGGAACAAAACGAGAAAAGAAACCACCAUCUUCGUCAGUUAAUGUGCAUCAUCGACCAAGCUUUCGCAACAAGCAGAUAAAUAAACAGAAAUGUAUUGGGGACACAGGAGGCGCUCUCCUAAAGAAAUCUGAUUUCACGAAACCAGAUGUAAAGAAGAAUAAUGAAAUAAUCAACAAAGACAACAAAGACAAGUCAAAUUUAUACAGCAACGAAAAUAGUACAGACUGUAAUGAAUCAUCAAAAGUGAAGAAAAUGACCAAGGACGAAAUAUCUUCAGGUAACACAUUGAAAGGCAACGCAAAUAGUAAUGAGCUAACAGAAUCAUCUAAGCGGAAAGAAAAAGCUGCGGAUGAAAUAUUUUCUGGAAACGUGUUGAAAGGCAAUGAAAAUACUAAUGAGAACACUAAAUCAUCUAAAGUGAAGGAAAAGGCUUGCGAUGAAAUAGUCUCAGAAAACACAAGGGAAACAGAAACAAUUGCAGCGAAUAGUGAUAUCACUAGAGAUGCCUCUGAUAAACCUAAUACCAGAGACGGACUUGUUUCUGAUGAAGGUGUGUCUCAAAUCACCAAAACUGAUGUCGAUUGCCAAAAGGGCGAAGUACUUAGCAAUGUUGACCACAGCAGCCUGGAAACUGAAAGUAGAACAGAGCUGAAAGAACAAGAGAACACAAUUACAUCUGUUUCAAAAACGACAGAUUUUACUGAUGAAACAAAAGCGGAAUACGUUGUUAAAUCCACCGAUAAAGGAAAUAUGCAACAGAGUGUUUCCUUUCAUGAUACAGAUAAAGUAGUAGACAACGUUUGUGUUAACGAUACACAAAAGACGACAAUGGACAAUACUGAAAACACAAAUUUGGGCACUGACCCUAACGGGGCACAUUCUUCAGUAAAUAAGAGCAAUGUUCAAAAUGGUGAUCUUAACAAAGACGACCGUCUGAACGAUCAAAUUAGUACUGACUAUGAUAGUAAUGUGGCAGUAAAACAUAAAACUUGUGAUAUCUCAAUCAUAUUAUCAGAACGGAUGACGGAAGUAAGUUAUGAAUGCAAACCAGAAGAAAUUGUUACAGAGCUAAACCAUGUGUACGAUACAGAAUGGAGUCUAGCUUACCACGCACUAACUACUUGCCAACCUUCUAACGGCAUGAAAAACACCAUCGAUUUUCUCGGCGAAAUUCUAAAGCUGUCAGCAGGUGAUGUGAGGAAAACUUCUGAGAUUAAAUCCAUAACAUUUCCUAAUGACACUGUAUCAUGUACUGUGGUUGAAGUAUUACAGAAACUAAAACAGGAAUUUCUCACCAGACAUUUGAAAGAGCUUCAGAAAGAGCACAGUAUUGAGUAUCAGAUAGGGACAGAACAAGAAAAUAUUGUCAAUUUAUAUUCGGCUAAGUGUGUUGAGCUUUCCUGGUUUAUGUUCACGCGGAGACCACCAAUGGUAUUUGAUUAUGAUUCUAGACCGAUGCUUCUGGAAGACCUUGUGGAAAUCUUCAAGCCAUACAAGAACGAAGGACACUGCAUUCAUUACGUUGUGUGGCCUGCAAUACGACGUGUGCAGGGCGGAAGAGUUGUAUCUCAGGGUAUUGCAGAAUUUAGAUAGACAAUGGUACCAACAUAUUUCAACACUAAGUAUUGUAACUUGUAUACAGCAUGUAUAUCUUUAAUCUUGUGAAACUGUUGAAUGUAAGAAACUACAAUCUUGUCUGUUGAUAUGUAAUUAUUGUGUUUAUACAAUGUGCAUCAGUUGAAAUAGAAAAAAGUGGAGCACGUUUAGUGUCGUAACAAUGAAUAUUUUUGAAUUGUUUUAUUUGUUUGCUAUUUUUCAUGUGUUUAUGUUAUUUAUUUUUUUCAUUAGACUCAGUUCUAUUUAUAUAUCUUGUUACUGUUACUCUUGAUACAUAAUAAAAUGUAUUCAUUCAUACUA